GCCUCCACUACAAGAAUGAGCAGCAAUCUCACACUGGGGGUCGAAGUCGUCAGCGCCCGCGAACUUGCCCCGCCCCGAGACGGCGACGGCACCGCCAACGCCUUCGCGGAGCUCCACUUCGACUCCCAGCAGUCCCGCACCACCGUAAAGGACCGCGACCUGAGCCCGGUCUGGAACGAGGCCUUUCGCUUCCGCGUCUCCUCCGACCCCUCGUCCCUCCCCGAGCUCCGCCUCGACGCCCUCGUCUUCCACCUCAACCGGUCCACCGGCUCCAGGUCCCUCCUCGGCAAGGCCUGCAUCUCCAGCACCUCCUUCGUUUCCUUCGCCGACGCCGCCACUCUUUACUACCCCUUGGAGAAGCGCUCCCUCUUCUCCCGCGCCCGGGGGGAGCUCGGCCUCAAAGUGUACUUAACUAACUCUUCAAUCCCAGCCGUUGAUCCUCUGAUCCAGCCCGGCGCUGCUUUUAAUCAGGACCCUCCAUCACUUGCGGACAAAACAGAGACCGUUGCUCGUAAUAACAGCUUCCUCCACCUCUCCAGAGAGCAAGUGGCGGCGGAACCGGCGUUGACGUUUGCGGUGAAAGAGAUGAAGCCGGAGCCGCUCCGCGCCGUGUCGGUGCCGGCGUUCCCGUCGGCUUCGUUCCGGCAGCCGUUCGACUUCCAGCUGAAGGAAACCAACCCUCCGCUCGGCGCCGGCCGCGCCUUCGGGGGGCGGGUCUUCCCCGGCGGCCGGACGGCCGGGACCUACGACCUCGUGGAGCGGAUGCACUACCUCUUCGUCCGCGUCGUGAAGGGCCGGGAGCUCCCCCCGCGCGACGUCGCGGGGAGCAUCGACCCGUUCGUGGAGGUGCGGCUCGGGAACUACCGGGGGACGACGAAGCACUUCGAGAAGAAGCACAACCCGGAGUGGGACGAGGUGUUCGCGUUCUCGCGGGAGAGCGUGCAGUCGUCGCUGGUGGAGGUGGUGCUCAAGGAUAAGUCGCUCGCGAAGGACGGCGUCGUGGGCCGGGUGCACUUCGACCUGAACGAGGUGCCGAUGCGCGUCCCGCCGGACAGCCCGCUGGCUCCGGAGUGGUACCGGCUGGAGAACGUCAGGGGGGAGAGGAUCAAGGGCGAGCUGAUGCUGGCGGUGUGGAUCGGGACGCAGGCCGACGAGUGCUUCCCGAACGCGCUGCACGCCGACUCCGCUCCGGUCGAUCCGAUCCUCGCGAGCGUCCACAUCCGGGGGAAGGUCUACCACGCGCCGCGGCUGUGGUACGUCCGGGUGCACGUCGUGGAGGCGCAGGACGUGUUCCUGUCGGACCGCAGCCGGGUGGGCGAGGUGUUCGUCCGGGCGAAGCUGGGGAGCCAGGUGCUGAAGACGCGGGUGGCGCCGUGCCGGACGCCGCCGUACUACCGGUGGGACGAGGAUCACCUGUUCGUGGCGGCGGAGCCCUUCGAGGAGGAGCUGAUCCUGUCGGUGGAGGACCGCGUGGGGCCGAACAAGGAGGAGGUGAUCGGCCACUGCCGCGUGCCGCUGGCGCAGCUGGAGCGGCGGUUCGACGAGCGGGAGGUCGCGUCGAGGUGGUUCGGCCUGCAGAGGCACGGCGGCGGCGCGGAGGCGAUCAAGGAGGAGAAGUUCUCCAGCAAGCUCCACCUCCGGCUCUGCCUCGAGGGCGGCUACCACGUGCUGAGCGAGUCGACGCACUACAGCAGCGAUCUCCGCCCGACGGCGAAGCACCUGUGGAGGGAUCCGAUCGGGCUGCUCGAGCUGGGCGUCCUGAACGCCGACGGCCUCACCCCGAUGAGGACGCGGGACGGCAGGGGCACCUGCGACCCCUACUGCGUCGCCAAGUACGGCCAGAAGUGGGUCCGGACGCGCACCGUCGUCGACCGGCUCUCGCCGCGGUUCCACGAGCAGUACACGUGGGACGUCCACGACCACGCCACCGUCCUCACCGUCGGCGUCUUCGACAACUGCCAGCUCGAGAGGCGGCCGGCCGGCGCGGAGGCCGUCAGGGACGCGAUCGUCGGGAAGGUGCGGAUCCGGCUCUCGACCCUCGAGACCGGCCGCGUGUACACGCACUCCUACCCGCUCCUCGUCCUCCACAACUCCGGCGUCAAGAAGAUGGGCGAGCUCCACCUCGCGAUCCGCUUCUCCGCGACGUCCUUCUCCGACACGCUGUACGCGUACUCGCGCCCGCUGCUGCCGCGGAUGCACUACGUGCGCCCGCUGUCGAUGGUGCAGCAGGAGGUGCUGCGCCACCAGGCGGUGCAGAUCGUGGCGCUGCGGCUGAGCCGGAUGGAGCCGCCGCUCCGCCGGGAGGUGGUCGAGCACAUGUCGGACGCGCACGCGCACCUCUGGAGCAUGCGGCGGAGCAAGGCCAACUUCUUCCGGCUCAUGUCGGUCUUCUCCGGCGUGUUCGCGGUCGCCAAGUGGUUCGCCGACGUCUGCUGCUGGACGAAUCCGGUGACGACCGUUCUGGUGCACCUUCUGUUCGUCAUGCUGGUCUGCUUCCCGGAGCUCAUCCUCCCGACCUUCUUCCUCUACCUCUUCCUGAUCGGCCUGUGGAACUACCGCCGCCGGCCGCGCCACCCGCCGCACAUGAACACGCGGAUAUCGCACGCCGACGUCGCGCACCCGGACGAGCUCGACGAGGAGUUCGACACCUUCCCGACCAGCCGCAGCCCGGAGAUCGUGCGGAUGAGGUACGACCGGCUGCGGAGCGUGGCGGGGAGGAUACAGACGAUCGUGGGGGACGUCGCAACGCAGGGCGAGCGGUGCCAGGCGCUGGUCAGCUGGAGGGACCCGCGCGCGACCGCCGUGUUCCUGCUCUUCUGCCUCUGUGCUGCGCUGGUGCUCUACGUGACGCCGUUCCCCGUGGUGGCGCUGCUCCCCGGCUUCUACUGCAUGAGGCACCCGCGGUUCCGGAACCGGCUGCCGGCCGUGCCCAUGAACUUUUUCCGCCGAUUGCCGGCGAGGACCGACUGCUUACUAUGAUAAACGGAAUUGUUGUGUCUGUGUGUGUGGAUUUGGUGAUCAUACAGGUUUAAGUUGUAUUGUGUUGGGUGUUUGUUUGUGCUUUAACUUGUUUUUGGUUUUGGUGGUUGCUGUGCGUGGGGGCAUUUUGUUGUGCAGUUGUUGUAGUAUGGUGAUCGAUACACCAAACAGUAUGGGCUGUGUUUGGUGUUCUGAUCUCUACCAAAGCAUUUGAAAUUAUAUUUAUGUGACCGUGGUUUGCUUGCUACAUAAACAACAAUAGAGAAGCUGAUUUGCUAUCUAACGGGGU